CUGGGGAGAGGGCUGUCCUGGCUCUGACUCGGGAUAUCAGAUACUGGCUGGGAAGGAAGCAGUGUAAUUGGGAGGGGAGGAUACAUCAAAGGCAUCCUGAGGUUUCCCUGGCUGACUCCUCCAAGGGGCUGCAGACAAUCAGUGCAUUGUCGGCAGGGGCUGCAGCAUGAAGCAAGGGCACAGCCGCACUGAGAGCCUCAGGGCCAGGCCUGUUGAGGUAAGUGUCUCCACCACCCCCAAGACAAGAACACUGGGAUGCCAUAGGAGGAGGGAGGAGUGUCACUACCUACCAUCCUCAGCCCCUUCCCUGAGCAAGUUAGCUCUCUGCUCUCUGACCCGGAAGCCCCACUGACAGUAAUGUGCCCUCAGGUGAAGAAGAAAGCCUGCCAUAGCGGCUGGACAGCUGCAGGCCUGCUGCUGCUGCUGACAUUGGUCACUGCAGGAGUCAUGGCUGGAGGGCUUCUUGGCUUCAUGUACAGCCCUCCCAAGCCAGUGCUGCAGAUGCUCCGAAAGACCCUCCCCAGCUCCAGGGUACCCUGGCCCAACCAAACCACUCUAGUGGACGUGGCCCUGAACAUGGCAACAAUCACGGUGACUCCGCUUCAGAGCAACCACAGCUGGGCCGUGCUGUUCGACGGGCAAAGUGGCUACAUCUGUUACCGCCCCGCAGAACACCAGGCCUGCUUCCUCCGUCUGAUGGAAGCCCAAGAUCGGGAGACCCUGCAGCUGCUGGUGAACGCUUCCAGGGCCCAAGAGUCCCUGGUACCUGGCCAGGACACGCACUAUGCCCAGGAACUGCUGGCGGUUCUGGGGGGCCAUACUGUGGACCCUGCCCAAGUGGGAGUUUCAGUGCAACACCUUUGCGCGGACACUCCCAUCUACUGGGCCCGACGAGCAGAGGGGCCCCAGAGACAGCGGCUGAUCUACCUCUGCAUUGACAUCUGCUUCCCGAGCAACAUCUGUGUGUCCGUCUGCUUUUAUUACCUCCCAGACUAAGACUCAUACUGAGCCCUCCCAGCCUUUUGUCCCCUAGGCCAGUCCCCGUAGAUCAGCAAGCUGGCCAGGUCACCAGCACCAAUGAAAGGCAGCUGACAGUAGGGAUGAAUAAACCCAGAUUACCUGGCCACAGUGGUAAUUUCUGGGGCCUCAGAGCCCACACAGGGGUAGGGAGGGGCAAGUGGAG